UUCAUGGCAACCAGGCAGAAAACUGUUGUUUCGUCCUGGCGAGACRGAAAACAUUUUGCCGGUGCCGUGUCGGAGACUGACUUAAUGGAAACCUGGAUGUCUUAACUUGUUACUAAUUUGUAUUCAUUAAUUCUAGAUACAGAAUUAUUUGCAAAACUUGUUUUUCCGUUAGCUGUCAACUGCAGUGGCACUGUAACGUUAGUUGCCAGCUGUAGCUAACGUUAGCUAACUGAGCGUACGAGGAAAGCAGAGACCGGGUGUGAAUAACACUGACAACAGAGCUGUAAUAACUCCACAGUGUAGAUAAUGAUCAGGAGAAAUGGUGCCUUGCCAGACCCACGUGAUGCUGAAGUGGCAGGAGCAUCUGAACAGCUCCUGGGCGGCGGAGGACAGCCAGACGGCCACGCGCCAGGGGGCUGCAGGACUCUACGCCAAACUGCUACACAAUAAGGAAGUGGUGGGGUUGGCCCAGCCUGUAAUGGACUUGAUUGGCCCGCGCCUGCCAGACUUCCAGUAUGAGUCCAGUGCUGCCGAGGAGCGGGAGGAGUACCUGUCGUCGUUACUCCACAGCCAGCGCUGCCUGGCCCACCGUGUGCUGGCACGGACCCCCUAUGCCCUGGGCCUGCACCACCGCCUCGUGGUCCUCCAGCGGAUAUACUACGCCCUCCACAGCAAGUACCACGACCGCUUCCGGGCUCCUGCUCCCCCUCAGACCAUGGCUAGCCAGGACAGUGGGGCCAUGGAGGCUGCCUCAGAGCCCUGGCUGCCUGGAGGAGCGUCCAGAGUUAAAUCAGGGACGGAUGUUCUGAUAGAGAUGGGCGUACGGACAGGGCUGAGUCUCCUCUUCGCCCUGCUGCAGCAGAACUGGCGGUACGCCCGCGAGGACCCCGGAGUGGCGCUGUGUAACGAUGUGUUGGCUACCGCUUCCUCUGUCCUAGCCUCCCUGCCCCCUCUCUCUCUGGCCAACGAGAACAAGAUCCCAGCGGUGGGGCUGGACUGCCUGGCUCAGGUGGCAGACUUCCUGAAGAAGACGUCUGUGAGCUCUGGGAGUGGAGGGGCAGAUCGGGCGGGACGCAGGCUGGCUCUGGAGCUGCUGCUGGGCCUGGCUGUCCAGAGGGGCUCCCUGAGAUUCCUGCUGGAGUGGGUGGAGGUGGCCCUGGCUGCCUCUGCUGCUUCCUCUUCCUCUAUAACAUCCUCCACCUCCACGGGGUCACAACAGUUAAAGUCAGAGGGUGGAGUAGGCUAUGACCUCAUCUAUCAAACACUUCUUCAAAUGAGGCAGUACUCGGGUUUCCGUGGAGACUCUCUCAAUUCUCAGGCCCUGAAGAAGGAUGCAGAUGGACUCUGCAGUCUCUCCCACGUUGCUCUCUGCCUGUUUGAAGAGAUCUGUAACCUGGCAUCCAACUGCUUGUGUUCGUGCAGCGCGGGCUCAGCCACCCCUGGUGGAGUGGAGAACGAUGCUGUCAUGGUGUAUGUGUGGGGCAGCAACAGCUCUCACCAGCUGGCUGAGGGCACCUUGGAGAAGAUCCUACAGCCCAAACUGGCACAGGGCUUCAGCGACGCUCAAAUGAUUGAAGCGGGACAGUACUGCACGUUCUCUGUGUCCGCGGACGGCUCAGUGAAGGCUUGUGGGAAGGGCAGCUAUGGCCGGCUGGGUCUGGGGGACUCCAACAACCAGUCCAUGCCCAAGAAGCUGGCCCUGGAGCCCCCGAGGAACAUGUGUAAGGUUUCCUCGUCCAAGGGCUCUGAUGGCCACACCCUGGCUGUCACAGGGGAGGGAGAGGUCUUCAGUUGGGGCGACGGAGACUAUGGGAAGUUGGGACAUGGAAACAGUGCCACUCAGAAAUACCCCAAGAUAAUACAAGGACCUCUGCUGGGCAAAGUUGUGGUGUGUGUCUCUGCUGGCUACAGACAUAGUGCUGCUGUAACCAACGAUGGAGAGUUGUACACCUGGGGAGAAGGUGACUUCGGCAGACUGUCAUGACGAUCUUUCUCUGUCUCUCCAGGCCACAGUGACAGCCAUAUCGUAAACGUGCCUACGCUGGUGAAGGAUAUCAGUGGAGUGGGUCAGGCAGCCUGCGGUAGCUCUCACACCAUGGCUGUGGCUCAGGACGGACGCAUGGUGUGGUCUUUCGGAGGGGGAGAUAACGGUAAACUGGGUCACGGGGACACAAACCGUGUGUACCGGCCCAAGGUGAUCGAAGCACUGCAUGGGUUCAUCAUCAGGAAGGUGUGUGCUGGGAGCCAGUCAUCUCUGGCUCUGACCUCUGCUGGACAGGUAUUUGCGUGGGGCUGUGGUUCAUGUUUGGGCUGCGGCUCCUCUGAAACCACGUCUCUGAGACCCAGGUUCAUCGAAGAACUCAGUGUGACCAAGAUUAUUGAUAUUUCCUGUGGGGACAGCCACUGUCUGGCUCUGUCUCAUGAAAAUGAGGUGUACGCUUGGGGGAACAAUGCCAUGGGGCAGUGUGGCCAGGGGCACACCUCCACACCCGUCACCAAGCCGAAGAAAGUGAUUGGUCUAGAAGGAGUGUCAAUCCAGCAGAUCACCGCUGGCACUUCCCACAGCCUGGCCUGGACCGCUGUCCCCACUGACAGGCAGUUGGUGGCAUGGCAUAGACCGUUCUGUGUGGACCUGGAGGAGAGCACUUUUACCUACCUACGCAGUUUCCUGGAGAGAUACUGUGACGGGAUAGGAGGAGAAAUGCCCCUGCUCCCUUUCCCCUCCAAGAGGGAGCACCACCAGUUUGUCUUGCUAUGUAUGAAGCUGCUGUCCAUCCACCUCUCUCUAGCCCAUGCUGGGGGCACAGGGGCCACAGUACUAGGGGCCCAAGGGAGGCCCCUCCGAAACCUGCUCUUCAGGCUCAUAGACUCCAGUGUACCUGAAUCCAUACAACAGGCGGUGAUGAACACUCUGUCCAUCGGAGCAUCUCUGCUGUUGCCCCCCCUCAGGGAGAGAACUGAACUGCUCCACUCACUGCUACCUCAGGGCCCAGAGAGCUGGGAGAGCCUCUCUAAAGGACAGCGUUUGCAGUUGGACAUGGUUCUGAACAGCCUCCAGGAGCAGUCCCAUGUGGCCUCUCUGCUGGGAUACUCCUCUCCUGGUGAGCUGACUGCUGGGGCUGGCCCCCUGGGGCCACCCUUGGCCCUGACCUCCAGCCCAGACCGGCCCAGCCCCAGCCCAGAGGCCCUCCACGACCAUCUCCACCUGGCUGAGAUGCUGCUCAAGACCCUGUUGCUCAGCAUUGGAUUCUACACGGAGCGGGCGUUUGGUGAGCUGGAGAAGAACAGUGACAAGCAGCAGUCCAGCCGGUCCCAGAGACAGACAGACCCUCCCUCUCACUUCCACCACCUCCUGUCAGCCCUGCACAAACACCUGCUGGCCCAUUGUUACAGCCAUUCCAGCACAGAGGUACUGGUCCAUUCAGUUGUGACGUUGCUCCACAAACACCUAUGUCUGCUGUUACCCUACACUGCCGAGACUUCGAGGUCCACCUCUUACUGGAGGAGCUCCCUGGACCAGCACGUCAUCCACAAGCUACACACGGUGCUCCUGAGCUCUGUAGCGGGCAGCCUGCUGUGCCAGGUCAUGUAUUCCCUGUUGCUGCUACCCCUGUGGGUGGUACGCCCGCUGCUCACCCACCUGCUCUGUCUGCUGGAGCACCUCAAUGAGUUCAACUGCCUGCUGCCAGACACCGCUCUGCUGGAGGAGAGGGAGCUGGAGGCAGCGUGUUCAGGACAGCUGGAUGACGCUGAAAGGGCAGGUCAUAGCCAAGGAGGGGRGGAGGACGACGGAUGGGUGUGGCUUCUGGACCUGGAGAGAUCUGUGGCGCUGGCGAUUGGACGCUGCCUGGGCGGGAUGCUGCAGGGACCGCCCCCCUCUGUCCAAGAGAGGACAUCAGAAUACUGGCUGUGUAACCCUCUCCUCAGGAACGGACUGGAGAUGGACUUUGAACAACUGGACUCCAGCACAACAUGGCUCACCGAGGCAGUGCUGCUGGGCUGUCCUGAUGCCAAGCUGGCAGACCUGAGUUUGAGCGAGGAGAACAGCAUGUUGAUGGAGCUGGCUCUAGGAUCGUCUAGAGAGCCUGCCGGAGGCCUGUGGAGGAAGAUGAAGGAGUACGCCAUCAGCAGGGACUGGGAUAACAGCGGUCCCUCGGGUGACUCCCUGUUAGAGACGGCGUGUCGCUGCAGCCUGGCUGCUCUCCUCAAACACACAGGGCUACAGGAUGAGGCCUACUGGCAGGACAAGUACGAGCCGUGUGAGAUGCUGAUAGAGAUCUAUGAGAUGGUGUAUAAGAUCAGGAGUGCUCUGCUGGCACACAAAGACUCUCCYGUGACUACAGCCAACACACAGGCCCUGGCUAACAGCAAACAGAGUCCCAGUGGGCAGGACCGGCAGGAACCGGGUCCCUCUGGUAGGGAGCAGCAGGCGGACCGGGGGAAAGAUCNCUGUCUCUUCUAUUCCUUCCAGAGUCCCAGUGGGCAGGACCGGCAGGAACCGGGUCCCUCUGGUAGGGAGCAGCAGGCGGACCGGGGGAAAGAUCAGGACCCUGAGCUGGGGGGUCACGGUGGAGGUCACGAGACUCACCAGGGAGGGCAGUUCCUCCACACGACUGCAGAACACAACCAGGAGGAGGGGCCAGAGGAGGACACGCCCAGCAUCAGCAGUAUGUACCUGCCGGAGGUCCUCCAGUGCUUCCUGGCCACGCGGGAGGCCAUGCAGCUGCAGCAGAACGAGACUGUCUAUGAGUCUUCCGGGACCUCCACCCUCCCCAGCAGCACAGAGAGCCCCGGCACCCCAGAAAGAGAGCCCCCUAACAGGCAGGGCUGGGAGCGGCGGAGGGGGUCCGAAGAGGGCAUGUCAUUCCCUGUAGCCUGCCACCUGGUUGUGUCCCGCUGUGUGUUUCUCCUCCUGGGGGUCCGMCCCGCGUGGCAGGAACAGAGUGAAGAGACAGGGCAGGCGGAGAGCACUGGAGCCAGGAAAUCAACUUCAUCUACAGAUUCUCUACUCAGUCCAAAGACCGAACAGAGCAGAUUCACCAUGGGCAGUAGAAAACCAUCUGCAGGCCAGUCCAGAAACUCCUUCAAGAAUAGAAUGGGUCUACCACUGUGUUCCCUGGGCAUCAUGAAGGAUGCGUGGGAGCGGUUACGCCAGUGCAUCAGCCCCACCACCAGCMCCAUGUGCCAGGGCGGGGCGGGCAGCUCACCCAGCGUGCUCAGCCAGGUCUUUCAUUUCCUGUGUGGGAGCCUGCUCCGUCCGACCCCACCCUCCUCGUUACUGGAGAGAGAGGCAGGCAGCCAGGCAGACCCCAAGGCCAUCACACUGGCCAUGUACCAACAACAGCAGAGGGCAGAGGUCCGUCUGGAGGCGUUGUGUCAGAUCUCUUCCUUCCUGUCUGAGAUGGAGGAGAAGAGGAGUGGUUCAGGCUCCUCUCCUCCCCUGCGGUUCCCUGGCUUGUUACAAUCUGUUCAACUGCAGUUCCUGUCUGGCUGCUUCGGACUGGGGACACCUAUCACAGGCUGCCAGUCUGGAGACAACGACCAGAUGAACCACUACACUUCUGGGACCCAGUCAGCGUCUAUGUUUACCCAGAGAGAGCUACAGUCUGCUGCCCACACCCUCUACCAGCAGGUGGUCCGAGUCCUGAGACAGAAGGUCCUCCUGGAGAGAGAACAGACAGGCUCCUACCAGCCCCUGCUGUUGGCCACAGUGUUUGCCUUGAAUUUCCACUACCAGCCAGUAGAUCUGGUGGUGGUCUGUAAGUCUGGCAUCCUGGAGAUCCUGUCGUUGCUGACAGACAACACGUGUGUUCUGAUGAACCAGCGCUGGCUAGCAGCCUCUGUGUCCGGAAGCAUGCUGCUGAAUGAAGCCGUAAAACUGGCCUGUGCCCGCCUACUGCAGAUACUGGCCAUCGCUGCUAGUUCGUGUGAGGACUCUCUGCCUCUGGAUGUGUCUCAGGCCCUGCUGGAUGUGAUGCGUGAGCAGCUCCAGAGUCUGUUACACAUGGUCCACCAGCAGGAGGCGCUGGAGAACACGGCAGCAGAGGAAGCAGACCAGGACACCUCCACCAAGAGGAUCCGGAAAGAGGGGAUGGAGGUGGUGCGGAGCAGUAGGGUCAUCGAGUCUCAGCUCGCUGACUUCUUGGUAUUCCUGAGGCGUAUCCUGUCGCUAAGGGUGACCAAGCGAGUCUCUGCCUUCAUCAAGUGGAUCGAUCCACUCAUGACCAUCAUCUCACACAAGUGCUCUUCGGGUUCUCCACGAUUCCGGAACUUGAGAACCAAACUGCUAGCCUUCCACAUUCUGGAAGGUCUGUUACCGGCCUGUUCUGAUACAGCACAGAUUGAACAGAUUGUUGAUCAGCUGUUUGGGCUUCUCUCAGUGUGUAUGUGGGAGGAGCCUUUAGCUGUGAAGAAGAACCAAGAGAAAACAGCAGAGAGCUCCAACAGGGACCCAGGGAGUGAAGAUGAGUCUAUUCCCAUUGGAGACUUCUCCUUUGACCCCUACAAGCUGAUCUGCUGCUCGUUGGAGAGCGGCAACGUCCUGUCUCAUGGAUCAGGAGGGAAGGGCUACGGCCUCGCCACCACAGCCAUCAACUCCGGCUGCUUCAUAUGGAAGUUCAACAUCACCAAGGAGAACAAAGGGAACGAGGGCACCUGUAUCGGAGUGUCUCGCUGGCCCAUCCGGGACUACAACCACCGCACCACCACGGAUAUGUGGCUGUACCGGGCCUACAGCGGUAGUCUGUACCACGGAGGGGAGCUGGGCCGGGCCCUGCCAUCCUUCACUCAGGGAGACACCAUCACCUGCGUCCUGGACAUGGAGGCUAGGACCAUCUCUUUUGCCAAGAACAACAAGGAGCCUAAACUGGCUUUUGAAGGUGUGGAGGCCACGGAGUUGUACCCUUGUGUGUUAUUCUACAGCAGCAACCCUGGAGAGAAGGUGGCACUGUGUGACCUCCAGAUGAGAGGCAUGCCCAGUGACCUGCUGCCUGGUGAACCACUGUGUUCUCCCCGCACCACAGUACUGCUGGAGGCCACGGUUCAGCUCCUCCGCAAGCUGCACCAGUGUGACGGCUACUGGACACAACACAUCAACCAGCACAUGCAGAGCCGGCUGGAGCUCAUAGGACCGCUCAUGAAGGAGGGAGGCCUGGGGACUGUCAAACAUGCAGGCCCGAGACCUAAAGGAAUUGAUGAAAGGGAGAAGAACAAGGAGCAGGUCGGGAGUUGUGUUGGAGAGGAGACUGUAGUCCCAGGGGACUUGGUGACGGGACCCUCAGGCCUCUCUGAGACUCAGCUGGGUGCUUUGUGCUCUGAGGUAUGGCCGGUGCUGGCCCUGAUCGGAGGAGUGGACAGUGGGCUUCGGGCAGGGGGGCUCUGCCUGCACAAACCCAGUGGGAGAAGGGCCACCCUGCUGGGGGUACUGAAGGAAGGAAGCCCCCUAGCCAAGCUUCAAUGGGAGGAGGCUGACCUCUCUGUCAGCUUCCUGAAUUCUUGGUCACCCAGCGACACCCCGCUCUCCUCCUUGGAGCCCUGUGACGUGCCCCAGUGUGACGUCAGCAGAUUCCGAGGCCUCAAACCCUCUGUCCUCUUAGACCUGAUCUUCCUGACUGGCCUCCUGGAGGAGCAGGAGGAAGCCCGGGGACGAGGAGGAGGCGCAGGGAGAACCAGGAAAAGCUGCUCCUCCGAGCAGGAAGAGGAGGGAUGUAGCAUCCCUCGGAGCGUGCUGGAACGCAGGCUAGAUGAAGACAUCGCCCGUGUCAUGAUGGACGAUGAUGACAUUGAACGAGGCACAGGGCUAACAGAGGAGAAGGAGGAGAGGGAAGGAGAGAGGGAGAGGAACAGUCACCCGUCCCCAACUAGAGCUCUCUCAGAGUCCUGUGACGAGCCAGAGGAGGGUAGUACUUCGUCCUCCUGCCCCCCAACUCCAACCCCAACCCUACCUCCCCCCUCCCCCCAUCAGACCAAGCCCCAGCCAGAUGUCUUCUCCCUGGAGCUCCGGGCUGUAAGGGUUUCCUACCUCCUGCUGGGAGCCUUAAAGUCCCUGGCUGUCAUCCUCAGCUGUGGGAAGUUUACUGACCUGCUGCUGGUGCCCAAGCAUCAAGACCCCUCUACUGCUGCCAUCCUGACCAGUAGCAGCCCUGACCAGGCUAAGCCAGGGGACUCUGGUUUGAGCCCUGCCUCGGCUGGAGAAGACAGCAACGCUGCUGAAAUGAGGUCUGUGCUACAGUUUAUGGUGCGGAGCAUGGUGAAGUGGGCUGUGCGACCUUGCCCUAUCAAACAGAGUGUUGCCCUGUCAGACCUGGAGAGAGCUCAGGUCCUAAUCUUCAAAGGAACUCUCAACAGACUGCAGGAGGACAAAGGAGCCAAAGAUAGGAAGGAGCCUGGUCACCACUCAUCGUCCCAGCCGUUGUCAAAGUCUUCCAGCUCUGUGUCUCUCUACAGCACGGGGUCAGAGGGCACCGCCAUCUUCGGUCAAUCAAACGGAGCCUCUGCCUCGUCCUCCACCAAUGACCUGGCUGCUUCUCUGCUCUCUGCGCUGCAGGCUGAUGGCCUGGAGAACUUUAACCCCUUCCUCCCCAUCAACCUCCUGCAGCGGAUGGUGUUAGCACGGUUCCCUACCCUGGCUGGCCUGGUUAAUAACCCCCCCAUGUUGCACGGUCCUGGUCCAGGCUUCGGCCUGGCCACCUCGUCUUCCUGUGAGGGCUUCACAGAGCAGCAGACCAGCUUCAUGGAGCCCUGCGCUAAUACUCAGGCCAGGAGCCGUGGCGCGGAACGGCUUCAAAUGUUUGUCCCAGUCCGCUUACUAGAAAUGGGCUUCUCUAUGAGACAUAUCUACAAGGCCAUGGAGGCAGCAGGUGUGGCUGGUGAGGUAGACUCGCGGACCAUCGAGGUGCUGGCUAGCUGGAUGUUGGAGCACCCCCUGACUGAGGAGCUGCAGAUGGAGAGCCAGCCAGCAGGAGCCUCCACCACUGAAACCCCCUCCCCUGACGGACCGGAGACCGUACAGUGCCCCGAGGCCCCCACCAGCGUACCCAACGAAAGURUGCUUGCGGGCCUAGACCUGGUGGAGAGGGAGAACUUCCUAGAUGUCCACCUGACCAGGAACAGGCCUCCCCCGGCCAGACGCCAGCGCUCCAGCUUGGGGCACAGAACCUCCUUUAGGAGAGCAGACUCUCCGUCCCCCAACCCCAUCCCACCGCUGUACAGGCAGGACCCAGGGGUGUCUGAGUGGCCGGAGCGGGCGGAGACGCACCCCUUCGCUGCUGAGGAGGAGUCAGAGCUGGGGUACAUGGAUGACCCCUACCAUGAAGAGCCCUACGAGGAGCUACAGUUCAGAGAGUUCAUCAGCUCGGAGAGAGACACCCUCUGGAUGGUCGAGGGGGGCGAGGAGCACCAGCCCCAUGACAUGGUACAGUGUGAGCUGUGUAACACCCUGACUCUGCAGUUCAACAACCACAUGAAGAGGCAUCACCCGGGCUGUGGCCAGAGCGCUGGGCGGCGAGGGUACCGCUCCACCGGGGCGUAUGUGGACGGGUGGUUCGGAGGGGAAUGUGGGUCCGGRAGCCCUUACUACCUGCUUUGUAGCACCUGUAGAGAGAAGUACCUGGCAGCUAACCUAGGGGAGAUUGGAUCCAAACAUGACCGAAUGAAAGGGCUUGCUUCUGAUUUAAUUGGACGACUGGACAGCACCUCCGAUGAAGACUGGGAGCUGGGCCCGCUAGAUGACUCUGACCCAGACCGGCUGACUGGGCUGGAGGACUUUGGGGUGUUGCUGAGGCCUCUGGGUCUGAGUGAGAAGAAGCUGGUGCCAGACCCCAUCCCCUUCACAGAAAACGACCCGCUGGGAGCGCUGGUCAACAGCACCAGUAACCCUGACGGGUCCAUGAUCCAGAAAGGUGUGGUCAGCACUGACACUAAGGGAUUGGGUUCCUCCGGCCCUCUGACUCUGGGGGAGCAGGCUGCAUCGCUGAGAGACCCUCAGGACAGACUGCAGGCUCUAAGGAGAGUCACCUCUACAGCCCAGAUACUACUGGCAUACAGCAUGGUGAUGAGAGCACUCUCCCAAACAUCCUCUAGUGUGUCAGUGUGCAGUGCCUCUAGUGGUCUGGAGGGCUUGGGCCUGGCAGACAUCCGUAUCCUGGUGCGUCUGAUGUGCCUUGCGGCGGCAGGCCGGGUCCAUACCAGUGUUGACGAGCAAGGGGUAGCAGGGGGUAGCAGAGGCUGUGGAGGGGCAACAGAGAGAAGCAGCUCUGCCUUCGUCUCCUUCCUCAGCUCAGCUAUAGGCAGCCUGGUCUCACACAGCCCCACAGCAUACAGGGAGCUGGUGGACAUCUGCACUCAGGAUCUGAUGGCAGCUGCCACAGGGAUGAACCUUGGUGCCAUCAGUGAUCCUGCACAGAGAGUUCGUCUGACCUCCACCCUGAAGAGGGCGCCACAACAAGAUGUCACACCCCUCACGCCUCCCACCUUCCUGGUCACACAGAGUCUGGUCUCCCUGCUCACAGAGAAGGGCAUCCGUUACCGCUAUUCUCCAGACAGAACCGUUACCGAGCAGCAUGAGUCUAAAGGUCCAGAGGCUGGUAGCCCGUCUGCUGCAGUACCUCCUCCCCAGGUGGGGGCGAGAGUGGGCCCUCUGGAGCUGGCCAACGCCCUGGCUGCCUGUGCCCUGUCUGCCAGGCUGACCAGUAAACACCGUCAGUGGGCAGCCCAGCAGCUGGUCCAGGCCCUGGCUGCCUCGGAGAGGGAGAGGGACAACCCCAUCCGGCCUCAGACGUAUAGCGACAUGGCUGGAGACCUGAGGAAGUGUCCUCUGAAGAAGCUAGAGGGACAUCACGGCAGGGUGACUAGCUGUACUUGGAACAAUGAGCAGGGUCUGUUGGCCACUGGAGCUCAGGACGGGACAGUCAGAUUGUGGGACGUCAACCAGAACACUGCUGACCUGCAGUGCACACACUCCUGUAGCAUCAGUGAUGACAGACGGAGCUCUGAGGCAGCAGGUGGAGCUCACCUGGUGUCUCCUGUCUACUGGAGCUCUGGAGGUACCCUCCUCGCUGCUUUCCAAAACAAGAUCAUCAACAUCUGGACUGUCAACGGAGCCCAGGGCCARGUGGAGGCCCAGCCGUCCUGGGUGACAGCCCUCUCCUGGGUGCAGACCUCCAGCCCCUUCCCCUCCCAGGGGGGCAUCGCCGGAAAGGAUGCCCAGCCAGAGAGCCUGUUGGUGGGCCGUCUGGACGGAUCCCUCUGCUGGCUGCAGGUCACUGAAGACUUCACCAUUGAGAGCACCGAGCUCACCCGCUGCCACAGGAAAGAAUCUCCUCAGUGUGUGGCGUGGCACAGUGUGGACAAGCCCUUUGCUGUGGGUUACCCUGAUGGGAAAAUCCUACUGGCUACCGCUGGAUCCUACGAGACUGAACAGCCCCUACUACUGUCUGCCUUCCCUGAGAGUGUCAGCAUCCUGCGCUGGGACCCCACGGGUCACCUCCUCCUCUCCACGGGCCGUUCUGAGGUGGUGAAGAUCUGGGGGCGGGCGGGAGGCACCUGGAUCACCCUCCACUCCCUGUUCCACACAGGCACCGUCAACACGGCCGAGUGGUGCCCGCUGCCAGGCAGAGGUCCCGAACCACGCCUUAUGAUGGCUGUAGGGAGCCAGAAUGGUCUUCUGAAUGUGUGGACUCUGCCACAGGGGGGCACUAAUGUGUCAGUUCCUAAGUUCCUGGGCAGCUCAUCCAGUCAGGAGAACAACGGUGGCAUCAAGCGUGGCAGUGCCAAGUGUGUGUUCAGACUGAGUGGUCACAUCACAGCGGUGAAGACCCUGUCGUUCUGCCCCAGUGGUCUGGCCCUGGUGUCUGGAGGUAUAGGAGGACUACUCAACAUCUGGUCUCUACAGGAUGGUUCCAUCCUACAGACAGUGGUGACAGGCCUAGGCUCAGUGGUCAGUACCACRUGGAUACCAAAUGUAGGGGUGGCUGCCUGCUCCGUGAGGUCAAAGGAUGCUCUGCUGAUCCGCUGUACGUCAGACUGGAUCUCCCAGAACCACGUGUUGGCAUCCUGCCGCACCGUCCUCAGAACACAGGGCAUUCUGGGUCUGAACCGUGCACCCUGCAUGGCCGUCUUCCUGGAGAGACUUCCCACACUGCUGCAGGAACAGUACAGCUACGAGAGGAGUCACGUGACAGCGGGCGACCAGUUGGUCCACAGUGCCUUCCUCCAGAGUCUGGCCUCUCUGACCGUCGGUCUUUCCCUGGAACAGUACCUGUGUCGGCCCUACCGACCCCCCCACCACCACCCUGCCAGCCUCAGCCUCGACCACACACACUCCUGCCCCAUGGAGUGGAGCUGGCUCCAAACCUUCUCCACCACUGUGAAGAGCGCAGAGGCCAUCGCCAGGGGAACAGCAUUCCCAGAAUCCUUCACUGUCCCAGAGUUCCAGCAGGCAGGAGCCACAGAACUCAGCAAGCCCCUGGACAAUAGUAAGUGGAGCUUCAUGAUGGACGAACAACUCAUGUCCUGGGCCACCACCAGACCUGAGGACUGGCAGCAGGGAGGGAAGAGUCAGGUGUUUCUGUGGGGCAACGGGCGUCACGGACAGCUGGCAGACGCAGGGACCAACCUGAUGGUGCCUACUAUCGCCCCGUCUCUGUCCCAGACACAUCAGGUUGUGUGUGGGCAGAACUGUACAUUCCUGGUACAGGCUAACGGUACGGUGCUGGCUGUAGGAGAGGGUAGCUAUGGGAGACUGGGCCAGGGCAACUCUGAUGACCUAUAUACCCCCACAGUCAUCUCAGCCUUACAAGGCUACGUGGUGACCCAGCUGGUGACCUCUUGCGGUUCUGACGGCCACUCCCUGGCCCUGACGGAGACGGGGGAGGUGUUCAGCUGGGGUGACGGGGACUAUGGGAAGCUGGGACAUGGGAACAGUGAGAGACAGAGACGACCCAAACAGGUGGAGGCUCUGCAGGGAGAGGAGGUGGUGCAGGUAGGACUGGAGAUGAGGCUCUGCAGGGAGAGGAGGUGGUGCAGCUGGGGAAUCGGAACCAGGGGACUGUAGUGACGCCUCUUGCACGGAGAUUUGCAGGGGCUGCCUUUGUUGACCAUGUCUUUCUCCCAUUGUGACUAGGUGUCCUGUGGUAUCAACCACACCCUGGUGCUGUCCUCCGAUGGGAUGAGUGUCUGGUCCUUUGGUGACGGGGACUAUGGGAAGCUGGGGACCGGUCCCUGCACUGUGAAGUCUUAUCCUCAGAAAGUGGAGCAACUGUGUAACAAGGGAAUCAAGAUGGUUGGCUGUGGGACACAGUUUUCUGUUGUCCUGGCUAAAGAUGGACAUGUUUACACCUUUGGACAAGAGCGGUUGAUCGGCCUGCCAGACUCUCUGUUGAAGAACCACAACCGUCCCCAGGUGGUGCCAGCCCUGGAGGGGGUGUUUGUAGAGGACAUAGCGGUGGGCUGUGAGCACGUCCUGGUUUUGUCUUCUACCGGAGAUGUCUAUGCCUGGGGCUGCAACUGUGAGGGACAGCUUGGCCUGGGUCACUCCAGCCCAGUGAAGGAGCCCACCCUGGUGACAGGCCUACAAGGAAACAACAUCAAACAGAUCUCUGCUGGUCGCUGCCACAGCUCAGCCUGGCUACAAACCCUCAGCCCUCUGUCAAAAGCUCAGGUGCUUCAGCCACUCCAGCUGGGUCUGCAGUCUAUCCCUCCCCAGUAUAACGCUCUGAAAGACUGCAGCCCUGACGUCCUCAACACCCGCUCGGGUGCUCUACCAUUCUCUGACCUCAUGUACAAGUCCUGGAGGCUGCUCAACCUCCACCCAGGAACCAGGUAUGAACAAGUGUCUUCAUCUCGCUACAGCUCAGGAACAGCAGCCAUUGUCCAGGGCCAGCUGAGAGGCCUCCUGUCUCCCAAGGUCAACACUCUACCCCUGGUCAGAUCAAUAGGGAGGACCAUGACCCAGGGCAAGACCUACGGACCCCAGAUCACUGUCAAGAGGAUCUCAACCCGGGGGCGCUCCAGCAAGCCCAUCUUUGUGCAGAUCGCUAAGCAGGUGGUCUCGAACCCCCUGGAGCUGAGGCUGCCCUCCAGGGCCUGGAGGUCAAACUGGUGGGGAGGGGGCUGACGACGCAGGGGGGUGUUUGAUGACACCAUCACGGAGAUUUGCAGGCGGUGUGUGGUUGAUCUGCUCAUUCACACCCCCAACAGCUCUACUGACGUGGGAAGUAACACCGACAGGUUCCUGCUGAACCCAGCGGCAGUCUCUGAAGACCACAUGGUCCAGUUCCGUUUCCUAGGCAUCCUGAUGGCGGUGGCCAUCCGUACCAAGAAGCCCCUGGACCUGCACCUGGCCCCCUGGGUGUGGAAGCAGCUGUGUUGUAUUCCCCUGGGUGGGCCGGACCUGGAGGAGGUGGACCUGCUUACCUACCGUUCCUUGCACGGCAUCCUGCACCUGGACAACAGCGGCAUCACAGAGGACAACUUCCACGUGAUGAUUCCUCUGGACUCGUUCAUGGCCCACAGUGCAGAUGGGAAGCUGGUGCCCGUGGUCCCUGGGGGACACAACAUCUCCCUCACCUUCUCCAACAAGAGUGACUACGUAGAGAGGACUCUGGACUACCGGCUGCACGAGAUGGACAGACAGGUAGCAGCGGUGAGAGAGGGCAUGUCCUCCAUCAUCCCGGUGCCUCUCCUCUCCCUUCUCACGGCGCGCCAGCUAGAACAGCUGGUCUGCGGUCUGCCCGAGGUCUCCGUGGAGAUGCUCAAGAAAGUAGUCCGAUACCGCGACAUCACAGACAGUCACCAGCUGAUUGGCUGGCUGUGGCAGAGCCUGGAGGAGUUUGCCAAUGAGGAGCGGGUUCUAUUCCUGCGCUUCGUGUCCGGAAGGUCCAGACUGCCCUCCAACCCCGCUGACAUCACUCAGAAGUUCCAGAUCAUCAAGGUUGACAGGUGUUUCUUCCAGCUGCGUCUGCCUCCCUACACCAGCCAGGCCAUCCUGGCCGAGAGGCUGCGCUACUCCAUCCACAACUGUCCCUCCAUCGACAUGGACAAUUACAUGCUGUCCCGAAACACCGACCCGGCCGACGGAUCCGACACAGAGUAUUGAUGAUACUGGUGAUGCUGAUAGUAAUGAUACUGGUGAUGUUGAUAGUAAUGAUACUGAGUACUGAUGAGACCCUGCUCAAUAACAACAAUAACAACAACAUGGCUCAACGUUA